CGCGGGCUCAGUGGCUCAGCCGCGCGUGUCCCGCCGCAGCCGGAGUCCACCGCCCCCGCGCCACGCUCGCCUCGCAGCCGUUCCUGCCCGCCGCUCCGCAACCAUGGUUCUGGAGCUCUACCUGGAUUUCAUGUCCCAGCCCUGCCGCGCCGUCUACAUCUUCGCUAAGAAGAACGGCAUCCCCUUCGAGCUGCGCACGGUGAAUGUGUUAAAAGGCCAGCAUUUCACUGAUGCCUUUGCCAAGGUUAACCCUCUGAGGAAGGUGCCAGCCCUGAAGGAUGGAGACUUCACCUUGGCUGAGAGCGUGGCUAUCCUACUAUAUCUGAGUCGCAAGUACAAGGCCCCUGACCACUGGUACCCCCAGGACCUGCAGGCCCGGGCCCGCGUGGAUGAGUACCUGUCAUGGCAACACACCACCCUGCGAAACUGCUGUACCCGGGUCUUGUGGCAGAAGGUGUUUGGCCCGGUGUUCCUGGGCCAAUCAGUGCCCCCGGAGACGUUGGCAGCCACUUUGGCAGAGCUGGACAGGUACCUGCAACUACUCGAGGACAAGUUCCUGCGGGACCAAGCCUUCCUUACUGGUCCCCAAAUCUCUGUGGCUGACUUGGUGGCCAUCACGGAGCUGAUGCAUCCUGUCAGUGCCGGUUGCCACAUCUUUGAAGGUCGUCCCAAACUGAACGCGUGGCACCAGCGUGUGAAGGCUGCCGUGGGGGAGGACCUCUUCCGGGAGGCCCACGAGGUGGUCAUGAAGGCCAAGGACAUGCCUCCGGCAGAACCUGCCAUCAAAGAGAGGCUGGGGCCUGUAGUGCAGAUGCUGCUGCAGUGAGCGGAUGGCAGGCACCCUGGCCUGCAGAGCUGUGACGUCAGAGGAGAACUGGAGAGGUGCCCACGUCUCUGGCUGGACAUAGC